CCGCGUCAUGAUGCAUUUUUUUUUUAAUGUCUGUUUAUUCUAUUUGUUUUGGAGCUUAAUUUUUGGUUUGCCAGCCAUUUUUUUGUUAUUCUUGGUUGAAGUUUACUUAAAUUAAAAAAGAAAAGAAAAGGAAAAGAAAGAGAGAAAAAGGAAAGAAGAAUCACCGUUACCAGAGAAUCGCCGUUACAGGCUUCAAGCGUAAGAAACGUUGUCUUAGCUUUGUUCACCAGAGACUGGGAGCUUGGCCUUGGGAUCGACUAGAAUUUGGAAGAUGCAGAGGUUUAAGGCAGCCUUAUUGCUGAAGCGCAGCCUUCACAGUCGUCGCUUCCUCAACCACUACAGAACCCUCUGCUCUGUUCCGGACAGUGCUCUUAGCGUUAACGAUGACAUUGACAACCAAGUAUUGGUUGAGGCCAAAGCUUGGUCCAGAACAGCGAUUCUGAACAGACCCUCGGUGCUCAAUGCUCUCAGUACAGCAAUGGGGGCUAGAUUACAAAAUCUGUACACAUGUUGGGAAAAUGAUCCUGAUAUCGGUUUUGUGGCAAUGAAGGGCAGUGGCAGGGGAUUUUGUGCUGGUGGUGAUAUUGUGACACUUUAUCAUUUGAUACAUGCAGGGAAGAUGGAAGAUUGUAAGGAAUUUUUUAGGAAGAUAUAUACUUUCAUCUACUUUCUAGGUACAUAUUUGAAGCCACAUGUGGCUCUUUUAAAUGGCAUUACUAUGGGUGGUGGGGCUGGAGUUUCAAUCCCUGGGACAUUUAGGGUUGCAACUGAUAAAACUGUUUUCGCUACCCCUGAAACUCUAAUUGGUUUCCACCCUGAUGCUGGUGCAUCAUUUUACCUCUCACAUCUACCUGGUCACCUGGGGGAGUACUUGGGUCUAACAGGAGAAAAACUCAAUGGAGCAGAAAUGAUUGCUUGUGGGCUUGCUAGUCAUUAUGCACAUACUGCAAGGCUUCCAUUAAUUGAAGAACAACUUGGAAAAUUGGUUACUGAUGAUCCUUCUGUCAUUGAGACUUGUUUAGAAAAAUAUAGUGACCUUGUCUAUCCAGAUAAGACUAGUGUAGUCAACAGAUUUGAAACACUUGAUAAAUGUUUCGGCCGUGACACAGUUGAAGAAAUUAUUGAUGCUUUGGUGUGGCAAACCGGAUUGAAAAACUUCGGAGGGAAUUUUUGUGGGGUGGAGUUGGUGACGAGUUUAAGUUUCAUUAUUCAAUUGGUCGAAGAUUUGCUCUCCGAUAUAUUUUGGUGGUUUGAGGAUAAGAAAUCUGAUUUAGCUUAUUCGAACUCUCCUGGAGAAAUGGUUAUGGCGUUAAGUUAUGGAGAGAGGUACUCGGUUCCCAUGGAAGUGUGUGUGGCGGUCUCAGGCUCCCCCGAGGGCAGCUUUCUUCACUUGGUCUGCAGCUCUAGGCAGAAUUUUGACCUUGGACAAUCUUAGGAAGAGGAACUUAAUUAUUGUGGAUAGAUGCUGUCUUUGCAAGCGGGAUGGGGAAUCAGUGGACCAUAUUCUUCUGCAUUGCGAUCUGGCUUCAGCUCUAUGGAACAACAUUUUCUCCCGCUUUGGUAUUUCGUGGGUCAUGCCUAGGAGUGUGCUUGACUUAGUUGCUUGUUGGUGGAAGUCUGGGAGAUCUGGGAGAGCUACUUCUUGGAAGAUGGUGCCUAUUUGCCUUUUUUGGUGUAUUUGGAGAGAAAGAAACCUUAGGUGUUUUGAGAAUCUAGAAAGCUCCCUAGAGGAGGUGCUAGAGUUGUUUCUCCAUACUUUGUAUGUCUGGUCGAUGGCUUAUUUGUACCCUUUAUCUAUCAGCUUUGCUGAAUUUCUUGCUUCUUUUUCGCUUUCUAGUUAGGUGUUUCCUGUUGUAUACUUCUAGUGUACGUAUGGGCGCCUUACGCUUUCAAUAAAACUAUCAUUACUUAUCAAAAAAAAAAGUUAUGGAGAGAGGCUUCGUGGAGAUUAGCAGUGGAAACCAAAUUUGAUAGCAUGUGGGGAGGUUGGUGUUCCAAGGAGGUAAUGGGGGCCUUUUGGAGUGGGAGUGUGGAAAUAUACUAGGAGGGGGUGGGGAGUUUUUUCUAGAUGUAGUAGAUAUGAGGUGGGAAAUAGAUCUAAGAUUAGGUUUUGACAUGAUUUGUAGUGUGGGAACUAGCCCCUGAAGGCAACUUUUUUGGAAUUGUUUACUGUUGCGUUGUAAGGAGGCAUGGGUGGCAGAUCAUGUGCAGUUCUUUAAUGGAAAUAUUUAGGGGAAUAUAUCAUUCCAGAUCAGCGCAUGAUUGGUAGGUGGAAUUGGUCACUUCUUUCUUUCAUUUUUUUUGCUCUAUCAGAUUGAGACAAGGCAAUGAGGAUAAAAUCUGUUGGAUCCCCUUCAAAAGGUGGAAUUUUGAAGUAAGAUCUUUUCAUUGGGUUGUCCAAUCAUGUUGGCUCCCCAUUUCCUUUGAAGAGCUUUUGGAAAGUUUACACUCCUCCAAGAGUGAUGUUCUUUGUGUGGACAACAACUUUAGAGAAGAUCUUUAACUUUGGAUAACCUAAUAAAGAGGAACAUCAUAGUGGUAGAUUGGUGUUGUAUGUGUAAGAGAAGUGGAAAGUCCAUAGAUCUUCUUCACUAAGAAGUGGCAAGAGAAUUAUAGGUUUCAAUCUUUCGUCUUUUUAGUUUAGAGUGAGUCGUGCCUAAAAGGCUGAUGAGUUGUUGGCUAGUUGGAGAGGUCAGUUGGGAACCCAUGACAUUUUAGAAGUUUGGAGGAUGACGUCUUUGUGCUGAAUGUGGUGCAUUUGGAGAGAGCAGAACACAAGGAGCUUUGAAGAUUGCGAGAUUUCGGUGGUAGAGCUAAAGAUUGUUAUGUUCAAAUCCCGUUUUGCAUGGAUGGCUGUAUAGAAGUCCUCACUUUUCUAGUUUUUUUGAAUUUUUGGAUAAAUUGUCUUCUUUUUCUUCCUAAUAUUGGGGUGCACUUUUUUGACCUGAAGGCUGGGCCAUGCGAGUUGUAGUUGCCGAACACCAACAUUAUAAUCUAUAUGAUAAUAAUUUAAAACGAAUAUUUAUGGGUAUUUCUCUGAAUUAUGACAUCCUA